UUCUUAUUGAUUACGUUUGCGUUAUCGGUACCUACGUUCUGCGUACACUUUGUUGGUGAAUGGUGUGGUUAUUUAUUCAAAAAUGUAUUUUAAAAUUUAUUAGAUCAAAGAAGAUUUCAAAUAUGAUGUUUAUCAUUGCUAAUGUUUACGUGUUUCGACUGCAAACCAGAAAGUUUUCUGCCUUCUAACGUAGAAACAAUCUUAAAACACACUAAUAAUGGAUUGGAUAAUUUCCGAUGAGUUGGGUCUCACCGUGGGGCAUCUGGUGGGUUGGGGAGCGGCUGGUGCUAUGAUAAUAGGAGGAGUGGCUCCAUACAUUCCACAAUAUAGACAAAUAAAGAGGUCUCAAGACGCUGAAGGGUUCUCUUUGUAUGUGUGUCUUGCACUCCUUAUAGCAAAUACUUUGAGGAUAUUAUUUUGGUUUGGUAAAAGAUACGAAUUGCCAUUGUUGAUACAAAGCAUAGUGAUGAAUAUAACAAUGUUUGUGAUGAUAAACCUUUGUGUUACUGUUCGUAAAAAGAACCAAAUAAUCAGGGCAAGGGAGCGAAUAUUCACAGGUGCAAUAUUCAUGUUAUAUAUACUAUUGUGUUGUGUGAAUGGAUCAGCCCAGCCUGACGACACGGCACACUGGCUGGACCAGCGAAGUGCCACCAACGGGGGAGAAAAACCCCAUCGGUUCUAUGAUAUGGAACGAAAAUACUUCUGGGCCUGGACCGAUUUCCAAAGUUACGUAGACUGCAUGUUAGUGUUCUCCGUGCUCGGCGCUGCGAUCACUUAUUUAUUGAUAGAGUUCUCACCGUUCGUGGAGCUCAUCGGCUUCCUUGCCGUGUUCACUGAAGCAAUGUUGGGCGCCCCUCAAAUAGCAAAGAACCAUCAGAACAAAAGUACUGAAGGAAUGAGUGUAAGCAUGGUGGUAAUGUGGACGUGUGGUGACGUGUUCAAGACUGCGUAUUUUAUAAUAAGAGAAGCGCCCACACAGUUUUGGGUGUGCGGCAGCCUUCAAGUCUCCUUAGAUGUUAUCAUUCUGUUUCAAGUGUGGCUGUACCGCCACAACACGGCGGCAGCGCGGCGGCUGCGGCGCGGCGACUAGCAGUGGACCGAGACCGACUUAUAGCACGCGCAUCGGUCGCACCGCUCGCACCACUCGCGCCACUCGCACCACACGCAGGCCCCGCUCUUCUUCGUACUCUACUCGGUACCGCUCUUCUGCUUACCCUACCAUUUAUGAUGAAAUAAUUAAAUAACUAAACCCGAAAGUAUUCCACAAAUACGAAACGAGUGAUGAAUGUUAUGGACCAUUUGUACUUUUGUAUAGGUGUUCCAUGUUAGUAGGUAUACGUUAAUGGCACGUGCCAAUUGUUGCUUCAAAGCCAUGGCGUUAUAGUUAAGGUAAAUAUGGUGCGAAUGCGUUAGUUGAAACGACGUAAUAUUAACUGAUAUGUAUAUAUAAGGUUGUUAUGGGUCCGUAUGUUUACGGUGCUAUAGGUUUGUGCCUAAAUUAUCAACGAGGUAAAGUUGUAGACCUUCUUUAUAUCGAUGAAUGAUCAAAGUAGGUAGGAUAAUUGUUAUUUAGAAAGACCAACUAUAUUUCUAUAUUUAAGGUGAAUUUUGACUAGUCGUUAUAAUUAUUUAGUGGAAAUAGAAAAGCACGCUUAGCUUUUGCUAGAAUUCAGUAUAACCUAGUUUUAUUCUGUGACAUGUACAUUACAAAUGUGUAAUAUUCUUCAUAAUUAAAUAUAUCUCCACGUAAGAUUGAAUAACUUGCGAUGCAAUGUAUCUUAAAGGUAUAGUAGUAUUGCUCGUAUACACAGUUGUAGUACACCUUAUUCCAAGACUUGCUUAGCUGUGACAUUUCUAUAGGUAUAUUGUGUACAUAAUAGGUACAAUUAUAUUUUUAAAUGUUUCGAUGUAUUAAGUGCUUACUGAGAAUCUAUAUAAGUUGAGGCACUUAAGGAUAUUGAUAUAGCUGCGGGUGUGUCCACGAUGCGUCAUUACAUUCCGAUGUAGUGUGAGAAACACUCGGUAUCUUAGUGAGAAGAACGUAUGACGGGUUAAGAGCGUGCUCGACUUCCAUAUAAAAGAGUAGAUUUUAAUAAAAUCCUUCAUUCGCUAUUCUCAGAUCGAUCGUAAAUAGACCAAUGAGAACAAAGUUUAUUUGACGGUUACAGAUGACUUGUUUUGAUUGGUUGAUUCCCCUGGGGCCAUAGCGAAUGGGAAUUUAUUGAUUUCUGGCCAUAGAUAAUAAGCCAAAUGUAGAAGCUAUACAAAAGACUGCUGGCGCUUCCGGCACACUGAUUUAUAUCGAAUGAGAAACUGCGUCACACAGUUGAAAUAGCGCACACGUUUUGAUAUCACCGGCGGUGGCCUCCUCCAAGUAUUUUAUCGUUUAGACCAAUUAAACGUAUGUUUUUAUGUAUUACUUAAUGUAAACACUUUGAUUAUUCGAUUGUAGUUAAUGAGUGUUUUUUUAUGUAAAUAUUCCACUCGAAUGUAGUGUUUUUGUGGAUAUUGAAUAUUUAUACAAUUAUCACCAACGGCAAAACGUUUACGAUGUUCUCCUAUAAUACGUAGUAUAGACCUUUGUGUCGUUUCGUAUCACUGAUAUGAGAUCUUAAUUGGGUCGUAAAUUAAUAUUUCACACAAUGACUACUUUUCACCGCGAAUACUUACAUACAUAUUACAUACAUUCCUGACAAUAUAGCAAUCAUUUAAAUGUGCAACAAGUUAUUUUAAUGGUAUUCAUACAAAUUUAUUAUUAUUUUCGGCGCAUUGAAAUAUAAAGUACCAAGUCACUUUGACAUCUAUAACAUUUCCGAAAAUGCUCCUAAAGCCGCUGAAGCAAACUGUAUUCAACUUAUACGUAUAGCUGUUUCAAAUUAUACGUAGAUGUUAAAUUACAAAAAGUAUUUUGUCUGUCCGUUCCGUUUUUACAGUUAAACCGCUUAACAGAUCGGAUAAGUCAAUGGUAUAUCUUAAAAUAAAAAGGUAGAUAUCCCAUUAGAAGCGCAAUCUAAAAACUCUAAAUUUUCACAAUUGAUUGCAUACACUACACAUGAAUGACUGUCUGUUUUUUUUUUCUUCAUACUAGUUUAAAUGUAUAGUGCCACAAACUUAUCUGGCCCGGUGGCCGAAAGAGGAACUAACGACGUCAUUUUGAAAAGUCAAACUGCCUGCCAUUCGCUGACAUAACAGCGACUUUCUCACCGGGCCAGAUUAAUUUGUGGGACUAUAAUACGUUAACUGAUUCGUAUGACAUUUCAAAUAUGUGUCAAAAAUUCCUAGACAUGUCAAGAAUGUGUAUGUGUGUGUACAGACCACUUUUGCGUUAGCAAAGUAGUGUUUAGAUAACGUCGACUGACGAGGGUGAUAAUCCCUCGCCAGUUAACAUAAAUAUGCUGGCCUGUUGGAAGCGAAUAUACACAGGUUGAUUCCGGGACGUGGCACACUUAUGCGUUGGAUAGACAGAAAAGACGUAAGACACGGACGGGGCGCGGACGUUUCUCUUCCGCGUCUCUUUCAUACAAAAUGUAUAGAAACUUCGAAGUGCAAAACAUACACAAAAGACAGGGCGCCGACACGACACGGACACGACGACUACUCGCUUGCGCCCUAUUGUAAAACAUACAGAAAGAAUGGGCCCUAUCCUCGCCCCACGUCUUUUCCGUAUGUCCGAGCCUUACGUGGGCUACUAUUGCGGGUUAUAACACCUUGUGUACGGUAGCCGUUAUCUGAGGGGACAUAAAAUAUAUCCUAUCACCAGCGCAUUUGAUUGUAAAUAAAAUUUGACGCACAUCUUUCUGGCUCCAGGGUGACAAUGUCAGACUGAGCCAGUGACACCUUGGAUGUAGAAAGCUGCUCCGGUCAAUCAUAUUGCAUUAACAGUGUUGAUCUGAAGAACGGAUUGUUUGUAUAACCCCUUAUAAUUUAUGCAAUGCAGCCUUAAGGGCUCUUCCCGAGCAAACGGCCUUGAGGAAUUCUUUCCAUACUUAGCGACGUGUGGAUUACGAGCAUGAACAUGCAAAUAUUUACGUAUAAUUUCGUUUAAAAAAAAACUGUUUUUUUUUUUAUUUUCUAACCACGUAGUACUAAAAUAUAAGGAAUAUUUUAUUAGAAAUUGUCGAUCCAACAACUUGAUUACAAAAAAUUAUGUAUUAGGAGAUGUAUAAAAUCAUCAAUUUUAAUCAUUUUCUUUAUGAAAAAAUAUCCACAUUAUAAAAUAUUGCAAAAUAUAAUGUAAUUUUUGUUGUAUAUGUAUUAUAAAUUUCGAAUACAUAGUUUUAAAAAAUACAGUUAGUGCGCCUUUUUGCUGGGAUAAGGUUUUGGGUAUACGCGUAUACCCAAAACCAUUUAAAAUAUAUAAAUUUUGUUGAAGCAAAUAAUUUUGAAUUACAUAAUUCCAAAUUUUAUUUUAUAAUUAAAUUUUUAUUUCAAUUUACAAUUACGACGGCUACAGUAGUUUUUGAAUGCUGUGGUCGAGUACAUUUUCUAUAAAUGACUCCGCCUUAACCAAACGAUACCUUUCAAUUAGUUAUGGAUGCAUUAAAAUAAUUGUAACUAAGGAAUGUUGCACGAACCGGUAUUUGUUGUGGAUCACCUUGAAUGUCAUUCAUAUACAAACUUUCAUGUAUUAUCUCGCAUUAUUAAGUGAUUUAGAAAAACAUUUUCAAGAAUCAACGAUACGAGACGACAGCUUUUAAAGUAAUUGAAUUCAUUUUUAUGUACAAAUUAUUUUAUUUUAUGUAGUACAAUUUACAAAUUUUAACAUGUCAACACUUUAUUAAUGACGUAACUUAUAAGGAUGUUAAAAACGACCACUUAUUUUAGUUAUAUAAUAAUUUAUAUAGAGACGUUGUGUUUGUUUUAUUUGGGAUAUUUUUUAUGUUAAUGUACAAAACUAUGACUAAACAGUUAAACGAUUGACUAUUGACGUGAUAUUGAAUAACAAUUUAUAAAGUAUGUUUAUAAUUUGUUGUUCAUUUACAAUUUAUGUACCGUUUAUAAUAUAUAAGUACAAAUAGUUGGCAUUCAUAUAAUAUUUAAUAUAAUGUUAAGUAAAGUUUUAAAAGAAUUUCUCACGAAUAUUGUAAAACAUAAGUACCCUAUUUUUAUAUCCGAUUUUGUUUGUACUUUUAUGUUAGUCUUCCUGAAGAAUGUAUUACUUUGAUGGUAAUUAUUAGGACAUUUUUUUAAUAGUUAUUUCUUUUACAAACGAUCGUGAACUUGAGAGAGAUAAUAUUAUAUAGAUGUGAUGGAACAUAUCGUAUUCAUAUUCAGUACAUAAUUAAAAUUAUUAUGUUGGUAAAUAUGAUAUAUGUAUAUGUCAAUUAUUAUGUAGAGUACCGUAAAAUGAGUAUGUAUGGAUUUGUAAAUACUCGUCAUAUGUUUUGAAGAGUACGUAAAUAAGUUGUGAUUUUAUCAGUUAACGUUAUAAUACACGAAAUAAAAAUUAUAUUGUUUGUUAUA